UGCUGCAGCCGCAGGGCAACAGGCGCGGGGGUGCCGCCCCGCUCCCGCCCCUUCUGCGCGGGGCCGGCUUGGAAGAUGGAGGACUACGGGCGAUUCUUGGCGCUGCUGGUCUCGGCGCUGCUGCUCGGCUUCGUGUCGGUUGUCUUCUCCCUCGUCUGGGUCUUCCACUACCGCGAAGGGCUGAGCUGGGACGGCAGCCUGGGGGAGUUCAACUGGCACCCCGUCCUCGCCAUCACGGGCUUCGUCUUCAUCCAGGGCAUCGCUAUUAUUGUGUACAGACUGCCCUGGACCUGGAAGUGCAGCAAGCUCCUAAUGAAGUUCAUACAUGCUGGAUUAAAUACCAUAGCAAUGAUACUUGCAAUUGUUUCUAUGGUAGCCGUGUUUGAUUACCACAAUGCCAGGAACAUUCCUAACAUGUACAGUCUGCACAGCUGGAUUGGGCUGGCUGCUGUUAUAUUUUAUGCUCUCCAGCUUUUCUUCGGUUUCGCUGUCUUUCUGCUGCCUUUUGCUCCCGUUCCUCUCCGAGCAGCUCUCAUGCCGAUACAUGUUUAUUUGGGUCUUACCAUCUUUGCAACAGUGAUUGCAACAGCUCUCAUGGGAAUCACAGAAAAGCUUAUAUUUUCAUUGAAAAAUCCUGCAUACAGUACGUCCCCACCAGAGGCAGUUUUUGUCAACUGCCUUGGUCUUUUGCUUGUCACGUUUGGUGCACUUGUUUUGUGGAUGGCAAGCAGGGCCCAUUGGAAGCGCCCCCCAGAAGAGAAUGCAAAAGUUCUGCUGCCUGUUGGAGGGACUCCUGAAGGCACAGAAGAAGAAUCCACCAUGACAGAUGGUAAUAAUGCAGAUAAAUCUGAUCUGAGGAUCAAUAGUGAAGUAGCCAGAAAACAAAACCUCAAACUUGAUGAGGCCGGCCAACGAUCAACUAUGUAAAGAAAAUACACAGAAUAAAAAUACUAUUACACUGCCAAACCCCCAAAUUGGUUUAUUCCAGUUUAGUUAUAUUCAUGUAUAAAUAGGUUGGCGUUUUAUUUUUUAUUACUUGUUUACAUAGAUAUUUUAUUGAGAAUCUAAAAUAUAUUGCCAAAUAUUUUCUAUUUCAGAAGACUUUCUUUGCUUCUAUUUCAGAAAAUUUCUUCCUGUUUCUAAAUGUUCACAAGAACUUAAGGAAUUAUUCUAUUGUUUUGUUACUUGUAGUACUCAUUUGUAGAUGAAAGUAAACAUUUAAUUACAAUGUCUAUUUUGCUUAUUCAUAUUUGUACGUUAAUAAAAACUAUUUUUCAAUCUUA